GGGGAAAGGCGGGUGUUUGCGCAGAACCGCCCCCUCCACCCAUAUCAUGCCGUCCCAGAGCUGCUGGGCUCCGCUGCUCCUCUGUGCUGCUGCUGGGAUUUUUGGGUGGCUGGGCCUUGGCACCUCCCUGGAGCUGGGGGUCCCCCUGUGUGUCCCCUCUGAGACGACUGCGGAUGAUGAGCAGUUCCGGGCUGAAGCCACACGCUGCGAGCUUUCACCCCCACGCUCCUGCCACCAUCAGGUCAUGGUGCGGCUCCGCUUGACCUGCACCGACCUGAGCGAGGACAAGGAGGAGGCUGCCAAGCUGGGGAUGGACCUGUUCAACUGCCAAGCCAGCGCUGAGGGUCACCAGACAUACCCCUGCACCCCAGACAUGGGGAGGCAGGAGGAGAUGCAGGAGCAGCUGGCUGGUUGGCUGCGGCCAAGACUGGAGACCCCCAUCCACCCCAGCCUGCAGCAGCUGGCACUGGAUGAGACCCUCAUUGCCAGUGGGCAACACCGGGUGGCCCAGCUCAUGGAGGACAUCACCCAGUGGAUGGGGAACACGAGCAGCUGUGGGGCCGCAGGGCUCCGGGAAGGGGAGCGGGUUGUCCUGUCCCACCUCCACCACGCACAGGAAAGAGCUCAGGACAUAUAUUCCCAACUAGAGAGCAACCUGGCCCUUCUUCUGGCCCAGCAGCAUCAGAUGGAAGAAGUGAUGGACAAGCUGUGGCAGGUCAACCAGAGCCUGGGGCUGAUGCUGGUGGCCAUGGAGGGUGCACGGAGCCAGCUGGAGAGCAGUCUGCAGCACCUCCACACCAUCCUCGGCCCAGCUGGUCAGAGCCAGAGUGCGAUCUCCACCCGCAUCUUACAUGGCUCCUACUUUGUGCUGCUGGUCACGCUACUAGUGCCCAUGCCACCCCGUGCCAUCCUUCUCUUCCUCCUCUUCCUUGGCGAGCUCCUUGGCAUGCCGGCACUCUCCACUCUCCUGGCCCUUGCUGUGGCAGGGCAGUGGCUGGUGGUGGCCAUGCACCGUGGUGCUGGGGGAGCCUGGCUGAUGCUUCCCUGGGAGCAGCCCCACCACCAGCUCACCUCCACCCCGGACAGGGAGCACGAAAUGGAGCUGUUGCAGGAGGAGCUGGACAGAAUGGAGAUAAGCUGCCUGCAAGAGCCCUCGUGCCUGGAGCAGCCCCCAGCGAUGGCAGGGGACCUCCCUGGCUUAGCAGGACGGGUGUCACCCAUCCCUGGAGGCUGGAGGACAAAGCUGAGCUCACGUGGGGUGAUGCCAGAGCUGGCCCUUGGCACUGGGAAACGUUGGGAGCCCAAACCCUCCAACCCAAGCCCAUCUCCAGCCAGCAAUAUGUUCUUGCUGUCCCCAUGCCAGGGGCUCACCAGGGCCGGGCAGCGGUGCCGGAAGAAAGCCAUCCCUGGCCAGGACUUCUGCCAUGUCCACACCACUGGUUGAGCCUCAUGCAGCCGCUUGGCCAUGGAGUCAUCUGCCCAUCUCUGACCCUCUACCGCCUCCCAGAGGGGUUUUAAACCCUUUUUUUGGCUCUUCCAGAGCCUGGUGGAGAGCACACGGUGGUCCUCAGGACCCUAAGGGUACCACUCAAUGUGCAUACGGGACUGCUGUGGGGCAGAUGCUCCUUGUCCCACCACUUUUAUGUUAUUUGCAUAUAUUUUAAUAAAUGCUAUAUUUACAGCUGGA